AUGUCGUCUCAAUCGAGCACAAGUGUGCCUGCCUCUAAUGGCGUGCUUAGCUCUUUGUUGACAACUGACUCUGCUACAAAACAAGAUGCCAAUUUUGUUAAAAAAAACCAACAGGAAGAAUGGGGUGACGAAGAUGGGGAAUUCGAGCUUGAAGAUGUUAUUCAUCCGGAUACUUCUAGCCUCGUUAAGCAAGGGAAUGAUAUGGCGCAAGAGAUCGAAUUCCCCGAACACGCGGAUGAAAACAAAAACCCAGUGUCUAAUAUGUCUAAUAUGCCCAAUAAUCCAGGCAUUGAUAGUAACAUCUCGUCUCAAUCAGUAUCUGAUGAUUUGGCCAAUACGGAUAAAGUGACAGAUUCCAGCCCACAAAAUAAAUCAAUUAAUUUGUCGUCAUCUGUAACACCUGAUAAAAAUAAUAGUGAAUAUCCUUUCGUGUCUUCGGAUUUUGAUGAUUUACCAAAGACAAAAUACGGUCGAAAAGUCCACAAGCCUGUAUUAUUUACGCCUGACGUCAAAAAAUCGUCAAAUGAAAAUAGGAACAAGAGUACAAACAAGCGUCAACGGAAUAUAAAUACUUCACGGGCAUCGACUAACGGGGAUCAAGAUACUACCGAUGAUAUCGUGUGUACCAUUUGUAGAGAUGGUCGCUCUCCUAAAAAUAAUCGUAUAGUAUUAUGUGAUAAGUGCGAUAUUCCUUAUCAUCAACAGUGUCACAAACCGCCUAUUGAAAGUCGCGUAGUUGAAAUACCUGAUGCAGAAUGGAUGUGUGCAAAGUGUGAAGAAGUGCUUAGAGGCCGUAAACGAAGAAAAGUUGAUAGUUUAAGCAUAUCAUCCGGAUCCAUAUCUGUAUCCUCCGAUAUUUUUCGAGGUAGUUCGGGAAAUGGCUUAACAGAAGAGCAGAAAGUUGCAUAUCUGUCAUCUUUACCACAGAGAGUCUUGAUUGAUCUUAUACUCAUUGCUGAAAAAUUACAUCCGGAUCUUCCUUUAUAUCCAGCUGAUAUAAAAGAAAAGAUCGCGAAUAAUACUCAUACUAUUACAUCAACAUCUAAUCAAAUCCUUUCCCUGGUGGAUGAUAGACAGGCGUCAGUUUCAAAUCCUGUAUCUCUCCAACCACCUGAUUCGCAGGUUCCUAUUCCCACACCAGUUUCUCAGAGUUUUGUGGUCGAUGCCACUGAUUCUUCACGUGCUCACUUGCCAGCUGUCGGUGUUGAUUUACCAUCUUAUGAAGAAAUGAUUGUACAAGCUUUAACUGCCAUAGCUGAUCCUUCCGGAAGUGCUCCUCGUAACAUCUUUGAAUGGAUGAAUAAUACAUAUCCAUUACAUAAAAAUUUCCGUGCAUCCGCUUCUCAAGCACUACAAAAAGCAGUUAAAAAAGAACGUAUAUUACGAAUCGGAACUGUGUACAAGCUUAAUUCUAAUUAUAAACCAGUUAAACGGGUUCGCAGAUUUUUUAAGAGGCCACAGGAUCCCGAAGAAAAUCAACCUUUCAAAGGUAUUUCUUCGGAUAAUGAUAAUCCUGAUCAUAAUAGUCAAAAUGGUAUAUAUGAAAUUGCCGUAAGAAUGAACAAUACGGAUAACUUCUCAUCUGUUCAAUUGGACACUGAUGAUCAUCCAAGCUUGUCUUCGUCUGCGGUCUCUGCAGUUUCAACUCCUAUCCCUAAUGUUGUCUCCAAUGGUCAUACAGCGGUUACUUCUCCCGAGAAUGACAUACCUACAGAUGACAUACCUAAUAAGGUAGCACCCACUAUCAGCACAAUAGCGCCAAAUAAGUCCGUGCUGCCACCAGUAAUAGGUCGCAACACGACUUCUUCACUCUCUAAUUCAAUAAUUAAUAAUGCCAUUGAUCUUCCUUCAACGCUUCUUCCUCCCCCUGGGCAGCCAACGUUACCGUCUUUAAGCUCUGUGGCACCUUACUUUGGUUCAAAUUAUGGUGGAAAUAAUGCUGGUUCUAGUUCAAUGUUCUCAUCGUAUCGAUUAUAA